GGUUCAGUCUGGUGUCCUGGUGGUGAAAGGCACUAUUUCACCCUGUUAAAACUCUAAACUCUCUAGUUACUUGAGGAGAGGGGAAAUGGAAGUUGAGCAGUAGUCUGUGUGUCUGUAUGUCUGCGAGAGUGAAGGCUGUGCCGGCUGUUCAGCUCGGGUAGCCUGGGAAGUGACGUCCGGUGGUAGUCGCCCUUCUAGAAAGAGCGGAGACACGUAGUGUAGCAUCUCUGCAUUGCUAAGACACUGGAUACUGGUUGCUUUAUAGCAAGAAAAAGCUAAAUUCCUCUAAAACUCAGAAUGGGGAAAGAUUAUUAUUCUAUUCUGGGAAUUGAAAAAGGGGCUUCUGAAGAAGAUAUCAAAAAAGCUUACAGAAAACAAGCCCUUAAGUGGCAUCCAGAUAAGAACAAAUCUCCCCACGCAGAGGAAAAAUUCAAAGAGAUUGCAGAAGCUUAUGAAGUGCUCAGUGAUCCCAAGAAGAGAGACAUUUAUGACCAGUUUGGGGAGGAAGGGCUGAAAGGAGGAGCUGGAGGACCUGAUGGACAGGGUGGUACCUUUCGGUACUCCUUCCACGGUGACCCACAUGCUACAUUUGCAGCUUUCUUUGGUGGCACAAAUCCUUUUGAGAUCUUCUUUGGAAGGAGGAUGCCUGGUGGCAGAGACACUGAAGACAUGGAAGUGGAUGGUGAUCCAUUUGGAUCCUUCACUAGUUUUAGUAUGAAUGGUUUUCCAAGGGAAAGGAAUACAGUUGGUAGCCAACUGCGUCGUAAACAAGAUCCCCCUGUCAUCCAUGAACUUAAAGUGUCAUUGGAAGAGAUAUACCAUGGCUGCACAAAAAGGAUGAGAAUUUCCCGUAAAAGGCUGAACCCAGAUGGUAGAAGUGUCCGAACAGAGGACAAAAUUCUCACGAUUGAGAUAAAAAGAGGAUGGAAAGAAGGCACCAAAAUCACUUUCCCAAAAGAAGGCGAUGAAACACCAAACACAAUUCCAGCUGACAUUGUUUUUAUCAUUAAAGAUAAACCUCACUCACACUUCAAGAGAGAUGGGUCAAAUAUAAUCUAUCCUGUUAAGAUCAGCUUAAGGGAGGCUUUGUGUGGCAGCUCGAUCAAUGUGCCAACAAUAGAAGGAAGAACCAUACCCAUGACAGUAAAUGAAGUUGUAAAGCCUGGGAUGAGAAGAAGAAUUAUAGGAUAUGGCUUGCCAUUUCCCAAAAAUCCUGACCAACGUGGAGACUUAAUUAUAGAGUUUGAAGUAAUUUUCCCAGAUAACAUAUCUCCAGCAUCAAAAGAAGUACUUAGGCGAAAUCUUCCUGUUUCAUAAAGCAAAGACUGUAUGUCAAAACUAUUUAAAGAGGACACUGAAGAUGCAGAAGACUGGCAAGUCUGUGCUUUAAAAGUGCAAUCUGUAACAGCUAGUGGAAUAUUUGUUUUUUUUGUUUGUUUGUUUUAUGGGAUGGGUGGGGGGGAAUACUGUAAUGCUGCAUGAGAGGAAAAGUACAAAUCUUACAGAUGACUUCUGCAGUAAAAUUUACAGGGAAAACCACUCAUAUUUUAUUUUAGAUCUUCCUAAUCAGAAAAGUUUAUGCAGUAUUUUGCUUAAUGUAAAAUGUAAUCAGUUUUUAAAAAGUCUGUGCAUAUAUUUCUGAUAAAGUGCUUGAGCCUCCAAGUAAUUUAUUUCUUACCUCCCUACGAUAUCUGACAUUACACAUUCAUACAGCAAUUGGAGUUCAUGGUAGAAAUACAUGCAUAAUAUGCACAAAUAUUUGAAAGGAGAAAAUGUUACAGAUGCUGUUUUUGUAUGUUUCCUUCCACUGUUCAGAGCAUAGGUCACCUGAACCCCUAUGGAAGUAUUUUAUUUAUUGUCCCAGAAAGGUGAGGAUUGCACUGCAAGUCUAGCAGAGGGCAUGUGACUUAAGGAGGAGUAGUGAGGUGGCCGUUUGCUGGGGGAUAGUCCCUCGGGUUCCAGGCGGAGCUUUAAUUAGCAGUUUUUUCACUGGGCAGUGCUAAAGACCAUGUUCUGCAAACGAGGUUCAGCCCAAAGAUUGGUGGAGCUGAUGCAGUAGCUUGAAACCAAAAGGAAUCUGUCUGUACUUGAGAGAGAGAAGCAAAGACGACUUUAAAAGCAUUUGGCUAGGGCAGGUAUUUUGUGAACCUGCUGAUCUCAAACACUGGCUGUUUUGAAUGGCUGAACUUUCCACUACUCCCAUAAGGAAGAAGGAAAAGCUCAGAUCCUAGCUAAAGGAAAGCUUACUUAAGACACAAACUGGGGUGGGGAUGGGGGUGCCUGUAAACUUUCAGGAGCUUUGGAUCGAGUCUUCUGUGAAUGGAAAGUUAUUAGGAGUUAACAGGAAUUACUCAUCCUUAGUUAAAACGUGCAUAGGGAAGUGGAGAGCCCUCUAUAGUCUUGUUUUGUAACAUAGCAAUAGGGCUGGUUCUCUUGAUUGCAGCAUGGUUUUGGUGAAAUAAAUGCCUUGCAGAUGUGUUUUCAUUAAUUGUAGUUUAAAAUGGUACUACAGUGCUUUAGCAACACUUCUAAAGAAUAUUUUUUUCUUUAUAAGAAGAAAAUAUGUAAGGUUUGCUAUCAUUCUUUUGCCUGUGGAAAUGAAUUAGUUACCUGUUCUGGCUUAUGAGAGAACUUAUCUUCCUAUAAAUGACUUCCUGUAGGAAAGUAAAUCAUAUGGAAAUUGGGAUUUAAUUUACAAUAACUUUUUAAUAAGCACAAGAAGAAUCCCAUUUCAGUUGCUCAAAGGAAUAGAACUUCUGGAAGGUACUGUGUAAGUUGAUUAUUUCAACUGCAGAUCUUUUCAUACAGUGUCAGUCACAUGAAGGCCUAAAUCUACAAGGAUCUAAACAGUUGCUGGAGUAGUAUCACAAAGGGAAAAAUCUGCUGCUUAGUGCUUUUGCAUAUUGUUAACACUAUAUAUUGUUUGUGUUUAAAAACUUAUCAUUUCAGUAUGUUCUGUAUUGCAUUUAUUUCUUUUUUUUUUAAGUAAAAAGUGUAAACUUGGUUUUUAACUUUCUUUUAUUCUUUAUUAUGAUGGCACGUGCUAUAAAUUACAGGAGUUUAAAAGUGUAUUGCUUAAAAUAUGUGUAUGUCAGUUUAAAAGUAAAUAGAAUUGGAUGUUUUGUAAUCCAGGAUCUUAUAAGCUUAAUCUAACUUCGAGAAACAGUUACAGCAACUGGGAGUAUUUUUAUAUCCAUCUUGCAGUAAGAGGAUUGGUGCUAAACUGAACUUGGAGUAUCUUGUACUGUGCGUUUAUUAUAGAGAUUUCUGUUUUCAUGCUUUAAGUACAAGAGACUAAUAUGAAAGAGAGUGGUAUGAAACAUUAGCAUUUCCCCAGGGAGAGGUAACAAAGUAAGCCUUUAGCAAAAUAUAGCCUUUAGAAACUAUUUUGUAAAAGCUUGAUUAUUUGGGAAAGGUUACAUGGGAGACAGAAGUAAAUACUCGAUCACCUGCUAUAUCUAAAUACAUGGAAAGGAAAUUGGCUUUAGUGAAGCUGAGGAGAGAGGGGCUUGGUAUCUCCUGAAAGUUGCUUAGGUACUGUGGAAAGUAAAAGCAUUUAGUUACUUGAGAGAAGUUUGUUCAACAAAUCUAUGAAAAUCUGUACCUUUUUAAUCGCUCCAGCAUCAAGCUUUAGGAUAUCCUCAAGCUGUUGAGGAGUAGGGUAAGGUAUAUAUUACAACUGUUUCUCCUUUCUGUCAUCCAGAGAUGUUGUCUGAUGACUGCUCCAGUGCAGGCUUUCUGAUGUCAUGAGGAGACUAGCAUUCCACUCUUCCACUCAACCUUUCUUGAAUUAUCUGCACUGAAAGUUUUCCAAUCCUACAUGUGAUGCAAUGAAUGUUUAAAUUGACCUGUUUACUUUGCCUUAUAGAAAUAACCACUUCUGUAGCUGGGGUCUGGUCUCCGCUGCUGUUCUUACCACAUUCAUCUUUUAACAUUCUGGGUGCUCACUUCCAAUUGCCUUUUGCAAGAUAGAAGCAGUCUUUUGCUUUGUAUGCCCUUUUCUAAUAUUCACCUCUUUAUUUUCAAUAUGACCUCCAGUCCACGUAUCACAAACAGAGCUGAAGAUGAGCAAUCUGAAUUACAAGUAGUCAAACGAGAAUAUUGGUGUUCUGAUUGUCAGGAGUGAUUUUUUUUUUUUUUAAUAUUUCUUAGUAGUAAGUGCUUGAGACUGUCUUGAUUCUCAAAAAUUCAAGCAUAAGGAGGAACUCAUCAGAUUGAUGCCUAGUGCAGAGAAUGAAUCAAGCUCUUGGAACAGUUGUACUUUCAAUGCCAAGGAGGCAAAGCACAGGUAAGGAAAACGGUCUGUAGCUGGCUUGGCUAUACAGACCCUGUCUGGGCUCUGCACAGAUGUUGGUGUGCCAUGAUAUUCUCCUUAACCUGCAUAGUUUUGUUUAGAGGCUGGAGGAGGCAGUACCAGAAACCUAGGCCAAUUGUCUUGACUGGGUAACCUCUUAUUAGUUGUGGAUUCAUUUUUUGGAGGAUCUGUUCCAAAAUAAAUUAGCAGCCAGGAAAGGGGGUGUUUUUUUGGCCAAGAAUCAGUUCUGCUUCUUGGUAAGUGCUGCUGGUCAUAUACUUGCUUAAACUACUAUUUUCCCUAAUGUUGAGUCACAUUGUGUUAAGUUUUUGAGACUUAUUGGGUGCAAUUUGCUGGUACUUAGUUUCAGUUGAGAGAGGAAAAUAGUGGUUUCCGUAGCUUGUUUUCCUCAGCCUUUGCGGAGACUAUAUGAUCCCAGACAUGUUUCCAUCUUUUUAUUCUUAAUCGAUAAUCGAUGAGUCUUUCAAAGUAUUUUAGUCCAACGAAACCAAAAACAAAACUUCGAGCCUUUUAAGAUAUUUUUGCUCCUCCCCAGUGAUUUGGUCUCACUUAUGCAACGAUGUGGUUUUAAAAUCUGAUUGCAGAUCUAGGAACUGUGUAUCUAUGCUAUCUGAGAUGCUGCUAUGCUAAAGGAGUAAAUUCCUUAGCCUUUGUAUGGACUUUGCUCUGUUACGGAAAAACUGGUCUGUAGUAGGAAAAACAAAGGAAAGAUGUGCACAAUUGGUGUCUUGCCUCUGCCUCUUCUUUCAGUGUUUUCAUUAAACAGUCUGUGCUGCUGGCAAACGUUGCAAACUUUUCAUUUGGCAGAUGGGUUAAAUGUUCCUGUGUUCAAGAAUAUGAUCAGUCGUGCUCCAACUUAAUAAAGGUUUCCAUUAAAUGAUAUGCUGCCACCAGCUGCUAAAAAUAUGAAGUUCAGAUGGUAUCCAACUAUUGGCUUGAAAAGCUGUUACUUUUUCCUUAUUCUAGGUCUAAAAUAUGUGUGUUCUCCCAGGCUUGCUUGUCCAAAAUAGAAACAAAACUAGUGAUCAAGA